AUGCAAGCUCCGCCAUCCGGUUCCCAACGCGCCUUCGCCCAUCGUCGCUCGCCUGGCGCUGAGCCAGGGCCACCACCAAAUGUUCCUGUCCGAUCCAUCUCGCCGGCGCUCCAGGCCCGAGCCUCAAGCGCCUCCGCGAGAUCUGUACAAUCGACUGGGUCUCGCAGGAUGAACCGUGAAGGUUCCGGCAGCGGUUCCAAUAUGCCUCUAUCGCAGAUCGAAAAGAGCGUCACACACCUCCUCGUCGCAACAAAACAGCUUCUCGAGACCUUGACCCAAUGGUCGCGCGGACAAGCUACCGAUAGCCAAGUGUCUGACGUUUACGUGCGCUUGGGUUAUGAAUUCAAUAUGGCGUGUCGCGCAUUCACGGCCAUCCACGUUGACACAUCUGACUUAGGAAACGUGCCCGAUCUACUGCGACAUAUUCUCGAAGCGACGUUGAGCCAAGAGGCGAGCGCCGAGAGUUUGGAGAAAUAUUUGCCUAGGAUCCGGGACAUCAUUAUUAAUCUGUUACAUGGCCUAAAGCGCAAACAACAGAAGCUCCGCCAGAAGCAAGCUCGGGACCGCGACGGCCAUGCACCUCCCGACAGGGCAACCAGCGUCAGUACCGUUGGAAGCGGCAACAGCGGACUCACCAAUAUGUUAGAAGAGGGUCUAGAGAAUGGUUUCCAGCCCGACUCGCAACCGACUGAUUCCUUGCGUCAGUCGGGUGGCAGUACCAACCAGUCCCCACGCCGCUUUAAUGCUCAGCGAGAAUCCUCUCGAGCAUCCGCCAUAUCAGAGCAGUCUUCCCUCUCUAGCAACACGAUGCAAAGUAUGCCAGUUGUUCCACCUUAUCCAGAGGGUGAAAGUAAUAUCCCUACUGGACCUCCAGCACCACCUGGACCACCUGGAGGAGAGCUAAAUAUCGAUUCGUUCCCGCCGCCCCCACCGCCUCCGCCAGACAAUACCUCGAGUGCUCUGGCUGCUCUGCAGAAGGGUGGAGAUCUGGAAAGACGAGCUUCACGCAGAUAUUCUCAAUAUCAAAUAUCCAAGCAUCUGGGAGGUGCUAAUGGUGUACCGAUUCUCCCGCCGCAGAAUUCACCUGUGCCAAACCGAGGAAGAAAGGAAGUCCGAGAAUCACUGCGAGCAGUUCAAGGUCGACAGUCUAUACGCCACAACCGUAAUACUUCCAGCCAGUCUCUGCGUACCACGGCUCCUGCCGAAGAUUCUCCCGUCAGGAUACCAGACAGCGUUUCUGAGGAAUCAUCAUUAGCAGAGUUACCCGCAAAGAUAGAUCCUCCCACGGUGCAGACACCCGAUGAAGCAUAUGCUGCCAGCGCAACACUCAGUGGCCCCCCCACUGAUCCUAUGUUCUUCAGCGAUGAUGCGCCCGAGACGCCGAAAGUUGAGAAGCCAAAGGCCGAGCCCGAAGUUGCUCCCACACCACAACAAAAGCCUGCUGAGACCUCAUACUUCCAAGAUUCGCCCCCUCCGACUCCCACGAAGGAUCUGACCUUGUUCCUCCAGUACAAGUCCAAGGUAAAGAAGUUUGUUCUACCGGAGGGACGCGCCGAGCUUACCAUUGGACGGCUUCAACUCGCAUUUAUCGAGAAAUUUUCUUGGAAUACACAACACAACGGCGCAGAUCUCCCUGAAAUCUACAUCCAAGAUCCGGUUUCUGGUGUACGACACGAAUUGGAAGAUCUCGCAGAUGUCAAAGACCGAACAGUUCUGGUGCUCAAUGUCGAGGCUCUAGACGAAGUCAAGAAACAUAUCGACGAUGGGAUUGCAUCCUUAACCGAAAUUGUUCGGGAUGUCAAGCAGAUAGUAACGGAUCAAGGAGCUGCACUUCAACGAGUUUCAGACCGACAACAAGAGGCUGCCAACGAAAUGGCUCGACUGGCACUGUCACCUCCAUCAACUUCUCACUCUUCUGACGGAACAAAGACACAGUUUAGCUCUGGAAGGAAGUUGGAUAGUAGCCAUCUGGGAGAACUGAAGACCUUGCGACGAGAUCUGGCCAUUAUGCGACAGACUUACUCCAAUUUCCAAGCAGACAUUCAAGACUCAAUGGCUACCAUUCGCGCAAAAGCGGCCAACGUCAAAGUUGCCACAGCCAAAGCUGCGAUUCCCGACAUUGAAGGCGACGCUGGUUACUCAUAUGUUACCAGUGGACGUAAACAACUCAACAGCGACUCUGAUCGGUUGGUUGGUAAGGUGGACGACCUCCAGGACCUUAUUGAAGAUCUGCGUAAGGAUGUGGUGCACCGCGGUGUGCGACCACUGCCACGACAAUUGGAUUCUGUUGGAAAGGAUAUCGCAACAUUGACCAAGGAACUGAAGAGAAUGGAAGAGUACAUGACACAGGAGAAACCUAUUUGGACCAAGAUUUGGGAGAAGGAGUUAGAGGACGUGUGCCAAGGGCGGGACGAGCUUCGCCUUAUGGAGGAUCUUUUGGUCGAUCUGCGAGACGAUCUGGAGAAGGCCUCAGAAACGUUCACUCUUGUUGAGCAGGCUACCAAGGAGCAGAUGAAGGACAACGGCACUGGCGCAAGUGCCGGAAGUGCCCGCCAGUUCUCCAAGGGCCUUAUCAACCUCGGCAACAGUGCCGAUCAAAGCGCCGCAAAGGAAGGCGUUCUUGGCGAAGUGAGAGCUUUACAACCUAACCACGAAGAUAGACUGGAAGCUAUCGAGCGUGCGGAGAAGCUACGGCAAAGGGAGCUAGCAACGCGACAAGUCAACCCACUGCACCGAGAAAUCACUAAUUUCGUUGCGGACGGCAAGCUGAAGAAGUCAGGCGGGUUUGAGGAGGUCGAGCGCGCAAGGAAAGCCAAGGACGACCGUAUUCGACGAGAGGUUUGGCAGCGUCAGAACGGCAUUAUUCCCGAGAACCCUAUCGGCGAGGAGGGUGCGGACGCUGAAGCUGAUCUGGAAGACGAAGACGCGGCAUUUCUCAGGGAGCUUGAAGAAGAUGAGGCCCGACAAGCCCAGGCUCAGGCAGAAGCAGAAGCUGAGGCAAACCAGCCGCCCCUACCGCCGCCAAAGGACGACGACGAUAAGCAACCUGAUCAGCCAAAUGGCGCUUAG